AUGCCUACAGAACGAGCAUCGCUCCUCAGUCUGCCGGCAGAGAUCAGGAAUGCCAUCUAUCUCUACGUCUUCGACCCAAAUCUAGAAGUUUCCUGUCCAAUCCCUCCGAGCAAGCCGAAUCCGCUUGCGUUAUCGCUACAGCUCCAAGACUUCCACUCCUACAUCACCGCCCGUCAGGAUGCCAAUAGAGCUGUCCGUGAGCUGGGCGUUCUCCGUACCUGCAAGCGUAUCUACGACGAAGCUCAAUUGCUCGCACUCUCCUUCACGCCCUUUCACCUCUCCGGCGACUGCACAUAUCCGGAUGUCUUCGAUCUGCGGUCCCGUUCAUUGACUGCCGCCAAGAUUGGUGCUAUCCGGCACCUCACUCUUACCGCUCGGAUCAGUCAUCUCAGAGCUCUGAACGAAGCCUGGGCCGGAACGCCUUUUGGACAUCCAAGCCUGCGACUCGACACCUUGACCAUCAUCCCCAAGCGACCGGAGGUGUUCGCGACUGUAUUCGCAGAGAUAGCAGAUCUGAGCCAGAGUCACACCUUGGCGUACAUCUUCAGCGAGACUCUGAAGGGAUUGCGAAAUGUCAAAUGCAUUGAGGUCCGGAACGAGGGCUGCUUCAAUGAGACGGUGUGGCGGCAGUUCUACAGAGCGCUCGUGUACAGACUUUGGCGUUGGGGUGGAGGAAAGUGCGGCGUGAGGUUCGAGAGUGGUGACACAGCUCCCGGUGGUACGGCGGAGAAAACGAACCACUGGUUCCGGGCCUAUUUCACGGAGGAUCAAGGGAUCGAGUGCGGCGAGGAGGUCGUUCGGCUUGUGGGACUCACUGGAGAGUUUCCCGAUCCGAACCUCGCUGGGGUGGGACCGUGA